CACUUGCAACCGUCUCUCGUUUCAUUUCUCCCUCCUGUAAUAUCGGUAGGGUCGUCUUGAACCUUCCUCGGUAUCUUUCGGCGGCAGAAAACGACACCGUACAAGUAACAAGAUCACAAAGACGAAGAUGUUGUCUCUUUCACUCUCACCAGCACGCACUCUUGCACUUUCCUAUAGGCAUGAGACGGCUGCUCUCUCGCACCGGACGAAGCUUCUCGCUGAUCUCCCGCGCAAUUCAAGUUCACUCUCGUUUAAUACUCUCAGAUAUUCGGUUGAUUACAAAGAAACCGCGGUCGUGAUGGCGAAGAAGAGAAGAGGAUUGACUGCGAUUUGUUGCGCUGCACCUUUAACGACUCGUAAUCUUCAGUGGAUCUCUACCAUUUCUUCAGCGGUUUUGAUGCUUACGAAAGGCACAGCUAUUCAGAAAUCGUUUCUUGUUCCGCUAUUUGCUCUACAAGCACCAGCGAGUAUCAUCUCUUGGAUUAAGGGCGAAUAUGGUGUUUGGACUGCAUUCUUGGCACUUCUUGUUCGUCUCUUCUUCUUUAUUCCAGGUGAGCUUGAGUUACCAUUCAUAGCAUUACUCUUGGUUCUUGUUUCUCCUUAUCAAGCAAUGAACCUAAGGGGAACACAGCAAGGCGCAAUUAUCUCCUUGCUGAUCGCAGGAUAUCUUGCUUUCCAGCAUUUUUCACGGGCAGGAAGCUUACAAAAAGCAUUUGACCAAGGCUCUGUUAUUGCCACCUUGGCCAUCAUUUGUAUCACCGUUGUCUCAUGCUUUUUCUUGAUCUGAAAUUCUGAACUCAUUGUAAAAUCAUAGAGUUGUUCUGUCAGUCAUCUGUAAUUUACUGUCCAUUUACGGGGUUACUGGAAUAAGCGAAUCGUUUUAUGAUUUCCCUUCCUUUUCUUCUUGCACAUGUAUAAGAAUGUGUAUAUUUUGUUUGACAGAUAAAAUAGUAUUGUAUUCCUGGAAUAUAUUGGGUUUAUCGUUAUGUAGAACCACUAUUAGAUGGUUUAA